CAUUUUCUUACAUAUAAACUUUUCUAUAGGUAUACUCGGUUCGUUUGAUUGAUGCUCGAGCCGGAUGAUGCAAAAUUAUCAUGUCCGGUUCUUUCGGAGGAUGGAUCAAUAAGAAUUCACCUAUCCCAAUAACAAAAAAACCUGACUUGAAUGAUCCUGUAUUAAGAGCGAAAUUGGCUAAAGGAAUGGGUCAUAAUUAUUAUGGAGAACCCGCAUGGCCAAACGAUCUUUUAUAUAUUUUUCCCGUAGUUAUUCUAGGUACUAUUGCUUGUAACGUAGGUUUAGCAGUUUUAGAACCAUCAAUGAUUGGGGAACCCACGGAUCCAUUUGCAACUCCUUUGGAAAUAUUGCCGGAAUGGUAUUUCUUUCCUGUAUUUCAAAUACUUCGUACAGUGCCCAAUAAGUUAUUGGGCGUUCUUUUAAUGGUUUCGGUACCCGCGGGAUUAUUAACAGUACCCUUUUUGGAGAAUGUUAAUAAAUUCCAAAACCCAUUUCGUCGUCCAGUAUCAACAACCAUCUUUUUGAUUGGUACUGCAGUAGCCCUUUGGUUGGGUGUUGGAGCAACAUUACCUAUUGAGAAAUCCCUAACUUUAGGUCUCUUUUAAAUUGAUUCACUUGUGAAUUAAAAUCUCAUAUAUAUUGGGUAUCUAGGGAGAAUUCACUUUGAAAGGACUACUCUCUAGAUACAUCUUUGAACCUACUCUCAGUAUGUAGAUUUUUUCUAAAUUUUUCUAAAGAUAAAGAUUCAAACUCCAUAUUUUCAUCUUUUUUUCUUUCU